AUGAGUACACCAGAUUUCGUGACUGUCAGGUCUUUCUUGCCUACCAUCCCACUUCCUGGGAACGAGGACCGACCAGACAUCACAACGAGUCGAUUGAUCAUCCGCGCUCUGAAAGCAAGCGACUUGGAAGCUUUACAUUCUCUGCGUAUUCAAGAACCAGUCAUGAAGUGGACCAGGGCUGGCUGCGUCGACCAAAACAUCGAGCAAAGCAAGGCAAAACUGGACCCAUUCCUGGCUCCCAAUGAUGCAACAACUGCCAACUGCGCUAUCUGCCUAAAAGAGACGGGUGAAUUCAUUGGAAUCGGUGGCUGUCAUCUCUACCCUGGAGACCAUGGCUGGCCAGAGGUGGGGUACAUGCUCCGAACUGAGACUUGGGGACAGGGCAUCGCCACUGAAUUCUUAAGUGCUUGGCUUCAGUUUUGGUCCGCACUUCCUCGAACUGAAAGAGAGAUCCAAGUUCAGAAGGAUAUGGUGGAUAGUGAGGGCGCGGUUGAGGAGCAGCUUAUUGCCAUCACGGCAACGGCCAAUACCCCAAGUCAGAAAGUUCUCAUUAAGGCUGGGUUCCAGCGAUUCCGACAAUACACUGAAGUUGAAGAUUCGGAGAGUGUGGAUCUUAUUGCGUUCCGAUUCUUCCCAUCGAAAGGAAUUAGGGAUAGCAGUAUUUGA